UAAAACGGAAAAAGGCUUCUGUCUGGAGCUAUUUUGAAGGCGACAGUUGCAGUGUCACAUCCUUGCUUCCUCAAUACCUACUUAUGUUCGACCCUCUCAACUCUGCCAGCGCUUUUGGAGGCAGCGUCGACACUCCACCAUGGCCCACGACUCCUCACCCAAAUUCUCCUAUACCCAAUUUACGACGAGCAUCGACACCAGUACCACCGACGCCUGAUAAAGGGCCCAGUCCUGGGCUGUACGGGAAGGAACCUCAGAUAUAUGGACAGCCAGAAGCUGGCUUAAUCUCUCCUCGGGAUACAGUGGGCUCUAAUGGCACCAAGUAUGAGAAAACGGAACCAUACCUUCGAGUGAGGAUUACAGGGCUGGACAGAAACCGAAGGGAUAUUCUUAUACGACUAGAUGCACAGGCGAACCUGUCGAAUUUCACUGGCACGACCUAUCGCAACGUGUCGCGCUCGUACCUCGAAUUUCAGCAGUUCUACGAUUCUAUCGUGCACAGCAACCCUCAGACGAUCGUUCCCGCUCUCCCAUUAGCGCAGACAUCUGCUCCGACGGACGAAGAAGAUGAUAGACUGGUGAGGAUCAUGCUGCAGAGGUGGAUAACGCGGGUGUGUGAGGAUCCCAUUCUUUUGCACGAUGAAGACCUUCGCUCCUUCAUCGAGAGCGACUUUGGGUAUCAGCCAACUCCACGGCCACGUCGGAAGACGUCUAGCGGAUUUGGGCUGAUGAGACGUGGUGUACCAGAUGAGGAUGAAGAGCUGCAGAGGGCCCGGUUCGAGUUGACGAAGCUGGAAGGGCAGUUUUUCGAUACUGCAAAGGCCGUGGAUAAGCUGGCUGUGGCUCGGAAAUCUCUGGUUACUGCCCAUUCUGAAAUGGGUCACAAACUCAUUAAUGUUGCUACUACAGAGGCCCAUCCGCCGCUGGGAAAUGCUUUGCGAAAGCUUGGAAGAACGUGGCAUAGUCUUGCUGAUCUCGACCAGGCUCAGGCACUUAGUGAAUGCGUUAUUCUUGGGGACUCGUUAGGCUAUCAAGGCAUGAAUGCUCGUUCAGCGAAGGAGACGCUGCAAAUGCGAACAGGUGUACUGGAAGAGUAUCAAGCUGCUGUGAAGACUACUAUAUCAAAGCGGCGGCAAAUCGAACGGCUGAAAGCCAGCUCUAACAUCCGUCCUGAUCGUGUUGACGAGGCUUUGGAGGAAAUUGAGGAGGCAAACAAAUACGAGCAAGUGUUGGCUAAGAGAGCAGAGGGUAUCUCACAGAACCUACAUCGAGCACUCCAGACGCACAACCGCUACGCCAAUGACGAUAUCACGACUGCCCUAAUCGAGCAUGCUCGGUCAUCAAUCAUGUACGAAAGACAGCUUCUGAAGGAAUUGGAAGCUUUACGUGGGGAUGUCAAUAAUGCCGCGAAGAAAGUAGCUCCGAGCGCCGCACCUGCACCCAGACCAACGGUAAUACCGCCAUUAGAAGAUUUCUCCAGGCCGCCUAUGCCCCGCUCUCUUGCUCCUGGCCCUGGCCCUGUCCCUGGCAUCAAUGGGGUUCAUCAACAGACUACCGUUCGUACUCCCCCACCGUCCAAUCAACCUAUUGCGUCCCAUAAUGGAGAUCCCCUACUCGCACAGGGACCGCCACUUCAAUCUUCGCCAUCCUUACACAGUCCAGUACCUUCGUCUUCUCAAUUCUACACGCAUCGUCCCUUGUCCCCUUCUUCAACUCAGGCCAGCAUUGUAUCCCGCCUCGCUUCAUCUUCAGCUGGCCCCUCGUCCCCCAGACCGCCGCAAUCCCCUGGGGCCGGACCCUCCUCGCCGUCGCUUUCUUCUGAAGCAGCCGCAUCUCCAAAACAGCCUAUCGACGACAGUCCGCCUCUCGGUGGGCGUUUUGUCGAUGGGACCAAGUCGAUGUUCGUCAAGCCUUCGUCAUCGACGAUAUCCCCUCUUGCAUCACCGCCAAUCGCUUCAUCAUCGUCAAGCUUCAGUUCGAAUCCUUCUAGGAUAACCGGGGAUCCGCUGUCCAGCCACGGUGGUCCCCUGAACCGACCCGCAGAGCGGCACAUCAACAAUAAUGGUCUUGACCCUCUCGGGCAAGCCAGACCUGGAUACAUGUCAGCUUCAGUGCGCGUACAGCCUAUGCGUCCACGACUGGAUGCACGAGAAGCCGCUAGCAAACUUGCCAACAUGUUCUAAUUUUCUUGCCAUGUACGGAGGAACAACAGUGACAUUAGUGGAUAUCCUAUUUCUACCUCUCUACUUUAUGCCACGUUCAUUUCACCAUUCUCGCAGAUUUUACUCAUUAAUGGAUUAUCCAUAGAUUGUACAAAUGAUCAUCAAGUUCUUUAGUGGUGAACCGUGUGUUAUUGAACAUUGAA